UGCUGUCUAGUGGUGGACUGCGUACAUCUAACGCGCUGAGCCAGCGUCCACCGGUAGCCUGGACCAGAGAAGAGACGAGGAUGAUGGACAAACUUCUUCUGAGCAUUUUCGUCCUGUCAGGGCUGUGUCCCGUCUCAUCCCACCGCCCUGUACGUCGCUACGAUUUUGUUUACGAGCCAAAGAACAUGACUGAAGCACAGCGUCACUGCAGAGAGAAGUACACGGACCUGGUGACCAUCCGCCACGCGGAGGACGUGAAGACCCUGAACCAGAUGGUGGACUCAAGCAAGAUGGCCGACUACGACCAUGUAGCCUGGAUAGGACUGUAUAAUGAUGUGGCCAGCUGGAGGUGGUCACUGUCAAACGAGAGUUUCUACCGACCCGGGGAGGCGCAGUUCAGACGAUGGGGUCCUGGCGAAGGGUCCAACAACAAUGAAUACUACACAUGUAUGUAUGCAGAUGGGUCCUGGAUGGACUACCCGCCUGAGGCUUCCUUUAGGUCCGUCUGCUUCGAUGCUGGAGGUCUUAAUGAGACAUUUAUCUUCAUUAACAUCUCCAUGAAGUGGACUGAGGCCCAGACCUACUGCAGAGACAACCACACAGACCUGGCCAGCGUGAGGAACCUGGCAGAGAACCAGAAGAUACAGGAUCUAGUUCCCUCACAAGGAAUAGUCUGGAUCGGUCUAUUCAGAGAUGGAUGGAAGUGGUCUCACGGGACUCACUCCUCAUUUACAAACUGGAAACAAGGUGAACCGAAACUUUCUGAAGAGACUUGUGUGGCAGCAAAUUUCAGUGCCGAUGGUCAAUGGCAGGUCUCCCACUGUCAGGACAUGAGACCCUUCAUCUGCUACACCGAUGUGCCUGUUUCAAAGCAAGUGAUCAAGGUGAGGCUGCAGAAGAGCAGCUCCUCUGUGGACCUCAAUGACCCUGUGGUGAUGGAGAACAUGUUGGAGAAGCUCAAACAGAGGCUGAAGGACCAGGGGCUGGACGACCACAUCCAACUGAGCUGGAAGAAGCAGCCGGAUGGAAAAGUCUUCCACAAGGAGGAGAAGAAGACACAGGACGAGAAGACGUGUCCAGAGAAAGAUGAGCUUUAAUGUUGUUUCAGUCCACCGGGGUCAGAGGCUUCCUUUGUCCUCCUCUUCUUCUUCCUUUUCCUCCUUCAGAGGUUAUUGAAAGCACAGGUGGUGAAAAGCCAGAAACAGGACCAUUGCUGCACCACGUCAGCGUCGGUUCUUUACCAGCCUCUUGAGGAACGCAUAGUGAGAACUUAUGGAACCCUUGGGGUACGAGUGUAACAUCCCGUUCAUGUUUCCUGUUUCUCUUUCACCUGCCCCUGUUUCCCCCCCGACCCACUUAUCUACCCCCCUGCCCUCCUUGUCUGGCUGCUUGUCUUUGUCUUACUCUGUGUCGGGGUUUUCUUCGGUGGUUUAUGACGCUUCGCUACUCGGCUUAAUCAGCAAUAAUGAUCUAAUAGCAAGCUGUUUAUUAUAUUAAAGCUCUAUGAAUAGUUUAUUCUUCGUGGUUUCUUCAUUAAAAUAAAGUCACAUUUCUCUGG